UUCGUGACCUUGUCGUUUGAUGGUGGUGCAGACAGUGUUUGGAGAAAAAUGUCCCUAGGAUCUACUACAGUUCUAACCCAAAUAGGGAUAGUAAACAUAAUUCGUAAAUAGGGCUAAGCGCAAUUAUCAAAGUCGGAAUAGUGUUGAAGAAAGAGCAGCAUCCAUGCAGUGCCAUCAUGCCUCCCCAUAAACUACCAAGAAGCCUUUUCAAGAUCGCCUUAGGACAUGUUGAAGCAUUAGUGAAUCUCUCGUGUAGAAACAUAGAGAAAACAUACGGGAAUUAUGACAAAAACAAAUGUCGACAGGAGGUGGUAUUACAUCAGGAGUACCUACUGUCACAUAUACCAGGCAUGGUUUUGGAUGAAGUGUUUGAGAUGCGGACUGCUGGCAGGCUUGAGCCCAGUAAACACGACAUUAGAAUCACUCUAGCACUGUAUAUGCAUAACAAUAUGAGGAAGUUCAGUGUCAGUAAUUGGCUAGCAGACUUGAAAUAUGACUUGGAUAGUGUCUUUUGGGUUGAACGUCUGACGAGUAUGCACAACUUGGUGGUGCUGAAUUUACAUCUUGUAUGUACAGAUGAAAUUCUGGAAGUUGUAGGAACAAACUGUCUCAAACUGGAGCAGAUAGACAUCGUAUCCAAGUUGGAACCAGUGCACACCAUAAACGAGACACACAAAAACUUCAAUGCUCUUAAACUGAAGUUUUUCGUUUCAGAUGUAGGUCUGCGUUAUUUGUGUAACUGCAAACUUCUCAGAAAGGUUACUAUGAACAGGAUUUUGCGUAGUCAUUUAGGAGGUUGUAUGAUGACAAUAUCAGGGAUAAGGGCUCUGGUCAAGUCGUUGCCACACCUCCAGAACAUCACGUAUGAUGACAUGGGGCUGGUGAUUUCUGAAGAGAUGGAGGAUGUGAAGCAGUUGCCAUUAACACAUCUCAGUGACUAUCACCCAAGACCAACCCAUAUUGCAGCAGCAGCACAACUGUGCUGCAACCUGCAGCAUCUCUGCCUGUGGUUCCCCAACCAGACCAAUAUCUGCAGUGCCACAGACGUUUUGGAGUCACUAGCCAGUAGCGCCCUCAAAGUACCCAUUCUUGAACUCAUUCACUUUCCAUUCUGUAUUGAAAUGGCUCAUUUAUUGGAGAGGAAGGGCAGUUUCUUGAGGAGUCUCCUAGUUGAAAAUAUGGAUUACAUAUCUUUGAGAGUAGUACACCUCAUUGGUCAAACAUGCCCAAACCUCAGAAAUUUACACUUAAAACAGCUGAUGGAGGAUAGCAAGCAGUCGAGUAGUCUGGAAUUGUGCGAGCUGUUCCACACAGAGCACAUGUUCCGUAACCUUCGUUGCCUGUACCUGAGAGGAUGGAAUUGGAACCCUGCUGAAGUGUUACCUCUUUGUUUGCAGCAAGCCAAACAACUGGAGACACUGAGUGUAGUGGACAUGUUCCCCCAGAAAUACCAAGAUGAUGUAAUGGCUCAUAUUAUAAGCACAAACCCUCUACAGGAAUUGAAAGCCGUUCACAUACUCACAGGGCGAAUAUUGUCUGUAACCACAAUACGGUACUUUAUCAAACACUGCCCUAAACUAACAGAACUAUCUUUUGUACAGAAUGCAAAUAUAACAUCUACGCAAGUUAAGAAACUUUGUGAUGAGGUUUAUCAAAAGAAUCUUGAUCUGGAAAUAUAUUCAAUGGAAAUGGCUGGACCAGUUGCUUAAAUCUUAUGUAUGACCAUUCAACUUGAUGUACAAACUUUGCAUUCCUAAGUGUGUAAGAUGUCAAUUCUGAAGCGCAACAAAUAGUAUUAUUGUUAUUUAAUAAGUUUACAUGAUUUUGUGGCUCUCGGCUCUUUUACAAAUAUAAUUACACCGGAGCUGAAGAUGUGUUAUACUUCGUCUUUGACAACUAAAUAUUUAAUAAAUCUUUGUCGGUUGAAAGUU